AGUAUAUUAUAUAUGUAGUACGACAGAUUCUCCGACGACGAUAAUCAAAAUCGCUUCCUGGUUUUUUCUUUCCCAAACCAUCGGAGACGAUAGAAACACCCACUUGUUUUCAUUCAGCAGUCACGUGGGUUCUGCUGCGAGCAACAGAAUGGGCUCAACAAAUGGCUUAGCCAGUGCACAUGGGAAGCGGCCACUAUUUUCUUUUGGGGUGAUCUCUGAUGUUCAGUAUGCUGAUAUUCCUGAUGGCCGAUCUUUCCUUGGUGUGCCACGAUACUAUCGCCAUAGCAUUGUCAUACUGAAAAGAGCAGUUCAAAAAUGGAAUGAACAGAAGAAGCAUAAGUUUGUGAUCAACUUUGGGGAUAUUGUUGAUGGCUUUUGCCCAAAGGACCAGUCCUUGGAUGCUGUAACAAAAGUUGUCAAGGAAUUUGAGAAUUUCAGUGGCCCUGUCUAUCAUAUGAUUGGUAAUCACUGCCUCUAUAAUCUUCCUCGCAUGCAAUUACUACCGCUGUUGAAGAUUCCAAGUAUCGAUGGUCGUGCCUACUAUGAUUUUUCACCAAACCCAGAAUUCCGAUUUGUUGUGCUGGAUGGCUAUGAUAUCAGUGCCAUUGGUUGGCCUCAAGAUCAUCCAAAUGCAAUUGAGGCUUUGAGGUUUCUACAGGAGAAGAACCCAAAUACAGAUAAGAACAGCCCAGUUGGACUGGAAGGCCUGAAGAGAAGGUUCCUUAUGUUCAAUGGGGCAGUUGGAAAAGAACAAUUGGAAUGGUUAGACGGCAUUCUUCAGGAAGCAACAGAGUUGAAACAAAAAGUAGUGGUUUGUUGCCAUCUGCCUUUAGAUCCUGGGGCAUCCUCCAAAGAAGCACUUUUGUGGAAUUGCGACGAAGUCAUGGGUGUUAUACACAGAUACAACUGUGUGAAGGUUUGCCUUGCUGGGCACGACCACAAAGGUGGUCACGCAAUUGAUUCCCAUGGAGUACAUCACAGAACACUUGAAGCCGCCCUUGAGUGCCCGCCUGGGACAGAUGCCUAUGGAUAUAUCGAUGUUUAUGAUGAUAAGCUUUCCCUUACUGGCACUGACCGGAUGGCAAGCACGGACAUGCAAUUCAAUCCUCAAUCAGACUUUCGAGAGAAACAGCACCAAAAGUUGUGAGUAAUUCUUCGAGUCUGGUGCAGACUGUAUGUAAUAUUGUUCUGACAUGUGAUUAUGUACAAAGUUAUGCACAAGCCUCAAAAGCCUCGGUUCCCUGCACAUAUUUGGGAUUGUACACAAGCUACUCAUGUUUCUGUAGUCCCACCGGAACACCCAACAGAGAAUUCUAUGCUGGUCUGUUUUCUUGACACCGAUGUACACUAGCAUUUGUGAUUGAUCCAUGAAGAACCCAUAAGGUGGCUGGAAAGUGGCUAAUCUUCAUCCUGAUAGUUGUCAAAAUAAAACUUUCUGAGCUAUAUGUAUGCUUUUAUGGUGUAAAAAUAUUUAAUACUGAUCAGUUGAAGAAAAUUUACAAUUUCUGU